AUGGCACCACAACAUGGCGAAGCGACGGGUUCCGAUGGGAAUGGAACUCGCAAUACUGGAAAGAAGAGAGCACCCUCGAAAGAUGUUCUCACAUCUAUCCAGGAGAAGGUUACCAGGCUCGAGGAUUCCAUGACGGAAGCCAAGGUAGUGUUGGAUGUGCUGGAGUCCGUAGACCUUGAGAGGCUGGGAUCAUUGGAUCUCGAUAAGCUGGAGUCCUUGGAGAGUAUCAGGGAGGAGGUUCAGGAUUCACUCAAUGAGUUAGAUGUGAAGGCAACUGAUCGAGGUGAUUCCUUAGAAGCCAUGGUGGUGGCUUUAAGGAAGGAAGUUGAGGAACUCAAGAGCAAGGGUUCUGAUUUUGAGGUGGUCGAGCUAAAGAGGGAGGUCGAGUUGCUCAAGACCGAGUUGUUGGUGUGCAAAGCUACGUUCGGGAAUAACAUAGCCACAGUUGCACCCAAAGCCUUGGGUGACAUCCCUAAGCCAGAGAAGUUCAAAAGAACCAGAUGCAAUGAUGUGAAGUGUGGGAAUGCUGCCAUAGAGACCUGGGCAGAAUUCCAAGUUGAGUUCAAAGAACAGUUCUACCCAGAGUAUACUGAGGAUGAGGCGCGGUCUAAGUUGAGGCGUCUCAAGCAAGAAGGGUCACUGAGGGAGCAUGUUCAAAAGUUUGUCGAACUAAUGCUCCAAGUCCUAAAUUUGAGUGAAGAGGACGGGUUCUUCACCUUCAUGGAUGGGUUGAAACCAUGGGCAAAGAACGAGCUAAGCAGUAGUGAUAGGGACAAGGCAUCCAAAUCCGAUAAAGAUUCGAGUGGCACUGGCAAGCCAUCGAAUGGUAAGCACUCGGAUAAGAAAGACAAGCAAAUUAUACAGUGUUAUAACUGCAAGGGCCAAGGGCAUUUGGCGAGGGACUAUCCGCAGAAGAAUAAACUCUCGGCCAUCAAGGAGAAAGAUGGGGAAGAGAGUGAGACUCUAAAGCUUGGCUCCAUCCUUAGCACCAUGGAGGUCAAGAAAGGUCGGAAGAAGAAGGGGUUGAUGUUCGUUGACAUCACCCUUGCUGGCCAGAAAUUGAGUGCACUAGUGGACACCGGUGCCUCAGAGUUGUUCAUGUCAGAACCAGUUGCAAAGAUACUUGGUCUUUAUGUUGAGAAAGUAAGUGGUUCUAUCAAGACCGUCAAUGCCAAAGAGGUUCCGAUUGCGGGGGUCGUAAAGGGAAUUGAGUUAACUGUUGAGGUUGGUCCGGAACGGAAGCCAUCAAGUUUCUUGGACCAUAUCAAUGCCUUCCCAGUACCUUUUGCCGAUUGCUUGUGCAUCCUGGAUCCAAAGCAACAGUGCAUUGUUCCAGUGAGCCGAAGGCCCGGAGUAGGAGCCAAAGUUCUAUCCGCAAUUCAAUUCUCGAAGGCGGCAUGUAAGGAGGAACCAUCCUUCUUAGAUGUCUUGGUAUGUGAUGAGCCAGUCACAACCAAGGAAGUUCCCGACGUGGUGAGCCACGUGUUGGCAGAAUUCCAAGAUGUGAUGCAUACCGAGUUGCCUAAGAAGUUGCCUCCAAAGAGGGAGAUGUGCAUCGAUUACCGGGCUUUGAAUAAGCUCAUGGUGAAUAACAAGUACCCGAUUCCUCUCAUUGCAGACUUGUUCGAUCAGCUUGGUGGUGCAAGGUGGUUCACUAAGUUAGAUUUGCGAUCGGGCUAUUACCAAGUCAGGAUAGUCGAGGGAGAUGAACCGAAGACAGCCUGUGUGACUAGUAAGACGUUGGAGGAGCAUGUUGAACACUUGAAGCAAGUGUUUCUGGUGUUGCAAGAGAAUGAGCUCUUUGUCAAAGAGGAGAAGUGCUCAUUCGCCAAAACGGAGGUUCCUUUCCUUGGCCACAUUAUUGGAGGUGGCAAGAUCUGGAUGGAUAGGGACAAGGUUCAAGCCAUUGAUGAAUGGAAAGUGCCAACCAAGGUGACGGAGCUGAGAUCAUUCCUGGGGUUGGCCAACUAUUACCGGAGGUUUGUCAAAAGUUACUCAAAAAUCGUCGUCCAUUUAACCGAGUUAUUGAAGAAAGACAAGGCGUGGGAUUGGGGCCCGAAGUGUCAAAGUCCCUUUGACGAAAUCAAGCUUGCUAUGACAAGCGAGCCAGUUUUGGUGUUGCCAGAUCACACCAAGCCCUUUGAAGUAUUCACUGAUGCAUCCGACGUUGCCAUUGGUGGGGUCCUGAUGCAAGAGGGACAUCCGGUUGCUUAUGAAAGUUGGAAACUCAAUGAGACCGAAAGGAGAUACACGGUCCAUGAGAAAGAGAUGACUGCAGUUGUGCACUGUUUGCGCACAUGGCGACAUUACUUACUUGGGUCCAAGUUCGUGGUGUUUACAGACAAUGUUGCCAACAGUUACUUCUUAACCCAGAAGAAGUUGUCACCGAAGCAGGCUCGUUGGCAAGAGUUCCUUGCCGAGUUUGACUUGUCCUUGGAGAACAAACCUGGGAAAGUGAAUUCCGUGGCCAAUGCCUUAAGUCGAAGGUGUGACAUGGAGUUUGUGAGUUUACCGACGGGACAAAUGCGGGAGCGCAUCAAAGAGGGGUUGUCACAUAAUCCGAUAGCCCCUUCAUUGAUUGAGCUUGCCAAUGAGGGCAAGACUAGAAAGUUUUGGCUAGAUGGAGGCUUGUUGUAUGCUCGAGGACACUGCCUCUAUGUGCCACAAUUUAAAGGAUUGCGAAAGGAGCUCAUGAGGGAAUGCCAUGAUUCCAAGUGGACAGGACAUCCGGGGAUCCACCGGACUUUGCAAGACAAGAUAGAGCAGAGGAGACUAGCUGGAUUAUUGCAGCCUCUACCUAUCCCCAAGAAACCAUGGGAAAGUCUUUCCAUGGAUUUCAUUAUUGGUUUGCCUGUUUCCGACGGAUUUUCUAGCAUCAUGGUCGUGGUGGAUAGAUUUUCCAAGUAUGGGACCUUUAUUCCAGCAUCCAAAGUUUUUCCAGCCGAGGAGGCCGCUCGUCUUUUUCUCAAGUACGUGGUGAAGUACUGGGGUGUUCCAAAGAUGAUUAUCAGUGAUCGGGACACAAGGUUUACUGGGAGGUUCUAG